AUGGGGCUCUCAAGCCUCCCCGCGCCCUCAGAAGGUGUUCUCUCCGUGAUCCUAGUGAACACAGUCCUAUCCAUCGCCAUUUUCAAAGAGAUCCUCAGAUCCAUCCUCCAGAUUAUAGGAAUCAGGCUCGAUCCAGCAUUCUCAGAAUCCGAUGACGACAUCCCCUCUGGCACGAUCUCCAUGGAACCGUUGCCUCCUUAUGCUGAGGAUAUUCGGGAUCGGAUCUCCUCUGUCGUGUUUGAGUCCAUCGGUUGCGCUCAUGACACCGAAUGUGCAGUCUGCUUGACGAGGUUUGAGCCGGAGUCGGAGAUGAAUGCUGGUAAUGAUCUAGUGCUCACUGCUACCUUCGCGGUUCUGGAGAGUGAAUAA